ACAUCACAAAGCUAAUAACCGUCUUUUAUUCUUCAUAUCAAAGAUCAUCAUCUUAUAUUUUGCAUUUUCAAAAUGAGUAUUUCAAACAACUCUUUUGCGGCUGUUGCUGCUAUAUUUUCUCUUGUUCUACUCUGUAGCAUGCAAUGUCAUGCACAACUUUCUUCCACAUUCUAUGACCGUACUUGUCCUAAUGCACUCAACACGAUACGUACAAGUGUUAGACAAGCAGUUUCAGCUGAACGCCGCAUGGCUGCAUCCCUCAUUCGUCUUCAUUUCCAUGAUUGCUUUGUUCAGGGUUGUGAUGCUUCGAUCUUACUUGAUGAGACACCUACGAUUGUUAGUGAGAAGACAGCGUUGCCAAAUCUUGGGUCAGCUAGAGGUUACGGUAUUAUAGAAGAUGCAAAGAGAGAGCUUGAGAAAACAUGUCCAGGAGUUGUAUCAUGUGCUGACAUACUUGCAGUUGCCGCUAGGGAUGCAUCCACUCUUGUUGGAGGUCCAUCAUGGACAGUAAAACUUGGAAGAAGAGAUUCAACCACUGCAAGUCAUACUCUUGCUGAAACAGAUCUUCCAGGUCCUUUUGAUCCUCUUGAUAGGAUUAUUUCUGGCUUUGCAAACAAAGGCCUUAGUACAAGGGAUAUGGUUGCCUUAUCAGGUGCACAUUCAAUUGGUCAAGCACAAUGCUUCCUUUUUCGUGAUAGGAUUUAUAGCAAUGGAACAGACAUUGAUGCUGGAUUUGCUAGCACUAGAAGACGUCAGUGUCCUCAAGAAGACCAAAAUGGAAACCUAGCUCCACUUGAUCUGGUUACACCCAAUCAAUUGGAUAACAAUUACUUCAAGAACCUGAUUCAAAGAAAAGGUCUUCUUCAAUCAGAUCAAGUCUUGCUUAGUGGCGGAUCCACAGAUAGCAUUGUUACUGAAUAUAGCAACAACCCUAGCACAUUUGCCUCUGAUUUUGCUGCAGCCAUGAUUAGAAUGGGAGAUAUUAGUCCUCUUACUGGUCAAAAUGGGAUCAUAAGAACUGUUUGUGGCUCUAUAAAUUGAUCUUACAAAAGUUUAUCACUUGUACGCAUGUUCGCUAAGUAUAUUUGUAUUAAUUAUUUGAUUUUUUCCUCUAUGUAAUGUGUUUCAUGAAUGAAAUAAACUUUUUGUGAUGCC